AGCAACCAUUCUUUUCAUCCAUUCAAACAUCACACCCCUCUUAUUUAAAAUCACUUGAAAUGGGUUACCUCACACUAUCCUCCCUCCUCCUUAUGCUCACCGCCUCUCUCGUCACACUGACCAGAGCAGCAAACUUUGAGAUCGUCAACAACUGCCCCUACACUGUGUGGGCAGCUGCCAGCCCUGGUGGAGGCCGCCGCCUCGACCGCGGCCAGACAUGGAACCUGGGGGUCAACGCAGGCACUGCAAUGGCCCGUAUCUGGGGCCGCACCGGGUGCAACUUCGACGGUGCUGGCCGCGGCCGGUGCCAGACCGGAGACUGCACCGGUGGGCUCAAUUGCCAGGGCUGGGGUGUCCCACCAAACACGUUGGCAGAGUUCGCUCUGAACCAAUACGGGAACCAAGAUUUCUAUGACAUCUCACUCGUUGACGGAUUCAACAUCCCCAUGGACUUCUUCCCCCUCAACGGUGGAUGCCACAAGAUCAGUUGCACCGCCGAUAUCAACGGACAGUGCCCCAAUGAGCUGAGGGCCCCCGGUGGAUGUAACAACCCUUGCACCGUGUAUAAGACUAAUGAGUUUUGUUGUACCAAUGGACAAGGAACCUGUGGGCCCACUAAUUUCUCACGGUUCUUCAAGGACAGGUGCCAUGAUUCUUACAGCUACCCUCAGGAUGAUCCCACCAGCACUUUCACUUGCCCUGCUGGAUCUAACUACAAAGUUGUGUUCUGUCCUCUGGGAUCUCCUCAUGUGACCCUUAUGAUGCCUGGAAAUGAUACCAGGGGGUACUGAAAGGGGGGAAAAUGGAAUAAUUUGGAAGCUAGCUAGAUAGGUCCUUCAUUGGGCCUAGAAGAAAUAUGAAGUUUUUGUUAAAACUUCUUCACUUGUGAUGAUGAUCAAUAAGCUUGGAGUUUGUUUAGUGUGUUUUUCCGUUUGUGUAAUAAAAAAAUGGAGGAAAUUGUGAAGGGUUGUUUGCCUUCUAAAAAUAUAUGGAGCUUCUUCUAUGUUAUGAUCGGAGAUCGAUCAUAACUUUAUUGUUGAAAAAGUUAAAACGACUUGUGCUUUCCUUCUA